GAAAAAAAGAAACUUUUUGUGAACCUUGUGGCGCGAACAAGCCCACGAAUCGCGAAUUCACGAUCUCAUUAAAAACGGGUAAAUUCCUGGGAGAAGAAUUUGCAAAUUACUGCAUGUUUUUCUAAUUAAUUUUUUCCGUCUUCGGAUCUAGCCAGGACAAACGGAGAGGGAUAAUAAUUUCUCUGUUUCGAAGGGUAACGAAUUCCAAAUAAUUGACUUUCUUGCAUAUUUUUACGUUUCCGGACUAACUAAAAUGUGAAAGCGUAGGUAAAGAUGUGAUCAUAGUAAGUUUUGGAUUAUCCUUGAUCAGCGAAACCAGAAAUAUUAAAAAGCCAGCCACAUGGUUUUUCAUAAUUUUGACGACCGUCCAAAAAUCAUCGGCUCGAUCGAUGGAAACCAGUACAUGAAAAGGAGGGAUUAUCUGUAACAAGGAAACCAACCGACCAUUUGUGGAGAUUUCAACUUCAAUUUUCCUUAUCCAAUUGUACAUUAUUCGUGCCGUUAAUCUGGGGAUUCUAGGGCGGAGAGGCAUCUGAUCUGGUUCAACUCUUUACCAGUUUCAGCACCAUUCUUCUUCUUCUUCUUCUUUUUGGUUCAAGGUCUUCAGAACAUGUCAGUAUGUUGGCAAGGUCUUACGAGUACUGUAGGCAACGCUCUUCCGAUUCCGCAAUCACAGGCAUUGUUUCACUUCCGUGUUACUACUUCUAUGAGCAUCUCCAGGGUUCCUUCUUGUUCAGCCACUGGCCUCAGGGACAUGUCCGUACUCCCCUUAGAGCCCAAAAACUUCUCUACUCAACAGGUGACGGAGACACAGGUCAAGCAGGGCAAGAACCAGAACCAGAAAGGCAAACACACACAACACCACGAUGAGGAUGAGGAUGAGGAUGAGGAAUUGGGGAUCUCUAAAUUACAAGUGCCCAGGCCGAAAUAUAUACCUGUUUCCAAGUCAGACCUUUUAGAUGCUAUCAUUUCUAUGAUGUUUAAAUCUGACGACCAAGAUGAUAUUCAUCACUUUCGCCGCCUUGCCUCAUGCUUAGACUCUAUACUUCACGCUGAGCACAAAAGGAUUUUAGAAGAGAUGCGUUCUGAUUAUCAGGUCAGCAAUUCAGCGGAAACCGAGUGCUUCAGUCCACCCAGUUCAGCUGAUUCAGAAAUGGAAGACGUGGAGAAUGGUUAUGAGUCUGAUGGAAUUAACGGUGGGAGAAUCCUUGGAAUUGAGGACAGUGAGGCCUAUCAGGAUAUGGUUGAUGAAGCUGAAUGGCAAAUGCCUUUUUUCAACAAUGGUCUAGACCUGAGAAGUCUUUUACGUUCUCUGGAGAAAAAUAGCAAGAAGGAUUCUAAUACAGGGUCCAGAAUUACUGUUGCUUCUCGAUUCCAGCGUGCUUUCAUGCAACUUCUUUCGGAUGCUCAAUUUGAAGAACUAUCAGCUAGGGAUCUGAUGUUAACAUCUGCUUUGAACACAGACUAUCUUCUUAAUUUGCCAAUAUACAUUGAUUGGAACAAAGCAUACGAGUCAAAUGCCAUAAUAUUUAGGCGGGGAUAUGCAACUGAGAAGCAGAAGGGCCCAUUAAUUGUUGAAAAACUGGAUUAUCUUCAGUCUAAACUUCUGCGAAGAAUCUUCUUUGUUGUAUCAAAACCUUUAGGGAGACUUGGCACUUGGAUAAGUGAGCUUUACAAAAAUGCAAGUCAGAAACCAGAAGUACAGAAGUGGACAGAAAGAUUGAAGCUUUGGCUAAAUGAAGUGUCAGCAUUUCAGAAGUCGUUACUUUAUAAUGGCAGCGCUUCAGAUGAGCAACAAUGGUUAAACGAGUUUAAUAAUGGAGAACUCCCCAUUGAGCUGGCAGCACAGAAGGCGGUAGCUCGAUAUGAAGGGAUUUUGUCGGCAGUUGGUCCCCGUGAAAAGCUCUUGAGGAGGUUGCUUUCUUGGAUUGGACUUAUCGCCCCAACACCUGAAACAACUUUCGAGGUUGACAAUGAUGCCAAUUCUCUUGAACCUUACUUGAGGCCUACUUUCUUGUCAAGGAUAUCACUAAGUGAUAUAUGGAGGCCUGCAACAAGGAAAUACUGUGGAAACAAUCCCUGGAAGAUGUUGAAAACUUCUAUUUCCAUACUUUUCUCACAGUCAGUUCUCCAGGAGCCAGCAUUUGAAGAGUUAAUUUUACUUUAUACUAAGGAGGUCAGUGAAAGAGAUGCCAAAGAUAAAGCUGCAGUUCCAGAGCUGCAGCUAAAGAUCUAUGAAAGGAUCCCUAUCCCAGAUUUACCGGUAAUUUUCCCUCACAAAAAGCUAUCAUUCCGCGUCAUAGACACUGUCCGCUUGGAUGUUGCUUCAAUAUUGGGGCUUUUGGCAUUCGUAAUAAACCAUAAAUUUGAGGAUGUCUUGUCUUCACCGUCAGCUAUACUUCUUGAUGUGGUUGCUAUAAGUGCUCUAAUAAUAUACAUGACUCGUGUAGUCUUAGGUUACAAGCAAACAUGGGAUCGGUAUCAGCUGUUGGUCAACAAGACUCUUUAUGAGAAGACAAUAGCAAGUGGCUUUGGCUCAGUGCAUUUUCUUCUAGAUGCUUCUGAGCAGCAGCAAUACAAGGAAGCUAUUUUGGCUUAUGCCAUGCUGCUCAAAGCAGAGAAGGGUCAGGUCACUUGUCGACAAAGUGUUCGAGACAAAUGUGAGAGGUUUAUGUAUGAAGCAUUUAAAGUAAAGGUUGAAAUGUCAAUUGACAAGGCCGUCAAUACACUACAAAGGCUGAGCCUAGCUACUGAAACUGUCAUUGAUGGAAGACCCCAGUUGGUGGCCACACCAUGUUCUAUGGCAUACGAGGCCCUUCAACAACGAUGGAACAAUUUGCUCACAUAACUUCAUACACCUGAGUUUUCUAUGCUCCAUGAGGCAAGAUAUAGAUAUAUAUAUAUAUAUAUAUAUAUGGAUAGAUAGAUGGAUAGAUACAAGGCAGGUGGGCUCCACCCGCAUUCUGUCUAGGCAUUUGCUUCUCAGAGCAGAGAUCGAGCCCCCUUUACACGAAGUUGGAUCUUUUAGCGUUCCUCAAGGGAAUCCUAACCCCAAACUCAGUUUGGGUGGUGCAAAAAGGUAGAGCCUUAAAUAUGCACGUCUUUUUUUUUUUUAGCCCCGGAAUAGAAGGCUGUGAGAAAACGAUCAGAGACUAGCUAGCUGAAGGAAAUCUUGAACUGUAACAUGCAUUAUCUUUCUCUUCAAUUGAAGACUCUGAAGCAGUUGAGAGUAGUAAAUGAACUUCAGUAUAUGCAUAAUUUGUGUCCUCCCCAAGAAGGCUGUCUGUAAUUGCAUAUGUUGUAGAUACAGAUCAUCCGGUAAUAGUACUGUAAAUAGAUGAGACUAUAGGCUUCGGUUUGGAGUUUGGCAUGCUCAAUACAAUAGUCAAAUAUAUAGAUAUAGAUAUUGCAAAAGGA